UUAAAGCUGGAGGUAUGAGAGUGUCUAAAAAGCAAGAAAAUGGACCUGUUGAGAAAAAUGCUAAACUUCCAGGAAAAGAAAAGUCAAGUGCUAUUGUCAGUUUUACAAAACCUCAGAACAUGGGAGUCUUGGUAGCAGAAGCACUGAACAAAAUGAGCCACAAAAUCCAUGCAGCAACAUUACAAGUGGCUCACCAAAAGCCACAACCUACCUUGGAGAAGUUCAUACUGCCUAAAAGAAUUUACAUUAUUCAACAGCCACGGAAAUGUUAAGAUAAUCAGUAAAACACUUAUGUUUACUUAAAAGUGAGUUUCGAUUCUAUAUGGCACGUAGCACACUGUGGUGAAGUGCUCAAAAGUUGUGUGCCUUGUAUCUUGCUGUGUUUCUGUUACUGACAAUAAAAUAUGAGAAGAGUUACUAAAUGUACUCAGGAUUUAUUACAAUAUCAUGGCUUCUGUCUAACCUGGUGUUAGUGGUAUGUAGUAAUUACUCAAUGCCAAAAAGUCUAAGUUUCACUUAAAACUCCCUGUGGUUCCAGUCACAAAUCUUCUUAUUCCUUGUGGUGUUUUGCCCAUGUAGCCAAGCUGUCUUGCAGGGAAAGCACUUAAGGAUGGUGACCACAUUGGUUUAAGUGUAGAAAUAUUAAUCUGCAUUACUAGUUCUAUACAUUUAAGAAACCAAGGUGGAUUAAACAACAUUUGUUGCUGAUCUGCAUUUUUGAUCACAUGGUCUAAUUUCAAAAAUUUGUGGGGAUUGAAUUUUCUCAUCCUCUUUGACUGGGGCAGAUGUAAUUGUUUUGAGUUUAAAUGUUAGUCCCACAUUAUGAUGGUCCCAAAGUCAUAUAACAAAAACAGGUUUAACCAGGGUAAUAUUAUACCAACAAUCCCACCUUUUGAUGGCAAAAAAAUUUGAGCCUUUUGCACUUGAUUCUGUUGUACUAUGAAACAUUGAAGUCUGAGUAGCUUUCCCAUGUGUAGAUCCAUCCAUCAUUUUGCAGCAUAUCUGAAUUUUUUCUUGGGUUGUUUCUUUCAAGAGAGGAACCCAACUAUACCUAUCCUAAUCCUACCCAUGUUCUAAAUAUGCUUCAGCUCCAUGCAUAACCAGAGUAGUGAAAUUGUACACUAAAAUUGUAUACUUAACUUCAUGCUUAAUGUGAAAGGUGACACUCAAAAAAUGGUUAUACAGUCAAUGAGGAUUCUUUUCAAAGUGCACUUUCCACAUGACUGCAGUGGAAAGCUAUUGCAAAUAUAUGAGAUACUCCCUCUAAAAUGAAGGGAUCCUGGGAAGGUUACCCAGAGCUAGUGUUGCCAUUUGACACUAAUGUCUGCAUCUUUUCAUCCACCCAUCAAAUGUAAAUACCCUUGUGUUGAUGAAGGAUUAAAUUAUGAUCACAGGAGGUGGUGAUAAGUAGCAUGUGCAAUAAAUAUUAUGGUUACAGCUUGAAUAAAUAGGAAAAAUUAAAAUACUGCUUCUCCAUUGAAGACAACUGUUUUUUAUCUCUGGUUCCAUAACUGACUGAUACCACUUGUGAAAUACUAUCAGUGUUUUCCUGGACAACAGCAGCAAUGUACUUUAUGGAUGUUGAAGUUGUAGGUAUGGGAUUUGGAAACCAGUCUGCUUUUCUAUUGUUUACAGCACACUUCUGUUCCCCAGGCUGGCUCUAGGGCAGUGAAUACUGAUAUGAAUGUCAGUGAACAAACAGGACUUGAGUCAAAGCUGUCCAUGUGUCAAAUGCCUGUCCAUGCUCUCAAAGCCAAAAUUAGCACAGUGCACUCCAAUGUAUUGAUGGCCAGUACAUGCUCCCUAUACAAAGAAUGUUUGUAAAAUCUUUAGAAUUCUAAUCUUUAUGUUUUUUGUUUCUGAAGAAAAUCAAUAACUAGGGAAAAGUUGUAGGGGUCUGAUUCUUCAGGCCUUUAUAAACAUCGCUUUGUAUGAAUGUUAUUUAACUGUUUAAGGCAGUACGUUCAGGGAGGAGGGAUGUGCUUGGUGUAGAAGGGAACUGUAGUAAAUCCCUUUGUGGCACAAACCAGGCAGUCAUACAGGCAUUGCUAAGGAUGGAACAGUUCUGUCAGAAAGCCCUAGGCACUGCUCUGUGCAGUGCACACUUGGCAAGUGCAGUCCCACAGAGAUGAAUUAAGUACAUUGAGUAACUCGGGUUUCUGGCAAGGCCAUGUCUGUGUGCAAACAGGAGUUCUGCAGCAUGGGCUCAGCCCACAUGUCUGAGCUGCAUCAGCCCACCCAACCCAACAGAUGCAGGUGCGCCCUGCAGCAGCACCGGGGCUCCCUCUGUGUGGAACACGGCUGCAGGGUGCUGAGGGAGUGCCCCAUGGCCUGCCAGAGAGCAGGCUGGCAUGGAAAGGAUCUUCCAGCUGCUGCCUGGGUAAAACCUUCACGUAUUAAAACAGGUCCAGACAAGAACCUAGGAGGGCUAGUUUUGAUAAACUUUGUUUUGUGGGUUUGCCAAAUGUAGAGCAGGUGCAAUCUCCUCUUCUGCUAGAAGAUGAAUCUUGCAGAUCAGGAAAUCCUGGCAAGUGUUCUGUUCCAUGUCCUGCUCAGUCAGGUGGUGUCCCGUUUGUGUUUGCACCAUCAUUGAUGAUACUGUGAUGAGGCUGUUGUGCCUUCUGUUGCAGGGAGUUUGUUUUAUUUAGUUCAAGCUGUAAUACGUAGCUUUCAUUAUUUAAAUAUGAAUUGCCACCAAAUUCAGCACAUAAAGAACAAAUGCAGUAGAUUUGCUAGAAAAAUCAAACCUCUGCAGGAAGACUGUUUUCAGGAUUUUCAUGGACUAUUUCAAACAGUGUAGGCAUUCAGUGAGAAUGACAUGAUUUCAGGAAAGUGUUUCUGCUCCUGAUCUUUGCUUCACCAUAUAGGAGGACACAAUGUUGGUUAAUAUGCAGUUGUUACUAGCUGUGGCCCUCAAAACACCUUACAGAGAUGGGAAGCCAAGGGACAAUGAAAGCUGUGAAAAGAGAUUUCAGUACAAGUUGGUUGGUUCAUUGUCUUUGUCAGCUUGGUAAUGUCACAUGUGCUGUUUGAUGGCCUGAGACACACGUGAUCUGUUGGACUUCUCUGCAGGGAGAGUUUCCUCUGGGGCAGGGAAGAGACUCUACCCUUAAGUACUUAGUGCUCCUAGGUGGGGUGGUGCUGGACAGAGCUGCUUGGGAAUUCAGGACUGUGCAGCUUGUCACUGGUCUAGCAGGAGCUACCCGAUAUGCUGGUCAGGGAACAGACCAAGGCCCAAAUUGAGAUGAAGGCAUUCCUCAAUUUUGUGUGAAACUGCAACACAUGAAAUGGCAAAGAAAUUACACAUGGUGAGACUGGGAAGUUGCAAUAAAACAGAGCUACAGCACAAGACUUAAUUUUAAUAAACAAAUACUAGCUGUUGUUCAGAGCCUUUGUGCGUUCCAGGAUGUACUUGUUCAGCCUGUUCCUCUCUAAGUGGUAUGCAUAAAUCUGCAAAUAAUUUCUAAUACAGUAACCUCUGCCUGCCAUAUCAGCCCCAAAAGUCCUGGUAAGUGAUGCAUACAUAAGUCAGAUAAUUUCCUGAGUUUGCCUUUAAUUCCAGGAUAGAAGACUUUAUUUCUACAAUGUAAAAAAAAAAAAAAA